AUGGUGACUCUGGACCCCCCCUCUAGCUCUACUGCUUCCGUGGCAAUCACCUCACCAAACUCCACCCCCACGCCCACCCAGCAGUCCACCUUCUCUCUUCCCAAAUCGACCAUCUCCCGAAAGAAGCCGCCUGGUCUGGAUAUCUCAAAGUCCAUACUCCGUCCCACUCGCUCAGCUCCCGGACUCCCCCCAAAUGGCGACUCUCCCGUUGGCAACUUUGUCUCUGAGGCAGACAAGCUUCGAGACGACAUUGCGCAACUGCAGUUGAGCAGUCGCUCCACUGGUUCGCACCGCUCUGACGAUGAGGCCGAAGCGGCUGGCCUUCAGAGUGACGACUCGGCCGCCUCUGGCGCUCACAAGAAGGAGAAGAAAGACAGCAAGUCUGGCAAAGAUGGGAAGGAGAAGAAGAGGAGAAGGCACAAGGACAAGAAUGGGGAGGAUCUUGUCAAAGAGGAGGAUCUGGACAAUAUUGAAGACUUGGGCGCUGGAAACGGUGGAACUGUUGCAAAAGUGUGGAACAAGAAAAGAAAAUGCAUUAUGGCCAAAAAGCUUGUGAUGGUCGACGCCAAGCCGUCUAUCCGAAAGCAAAUAUUGCGCGAGCUGCAAAUCAUGAACGACUGUGACUCGCCGUACAUUGUCGGAUACUAUGGGUGCUUUCCCGUGGACGUCCACGUCGGUAUCGUCAUGGAGUUUAUGGACGCUGGGUCGCUGGACCACAUCUACAGGAAGAAUGGUCCCAUCGACAUUGGUAUCGUGGGCAAGUGUGCGGAAGCUGUGGUUCGUGGUUUAAUGUACCUGUACGAUGAGCAUCGUAUCAUUCAUCGAGACAUCAAACCUUCCAACAUAUUGGUCAACACCAAAGGCGAGGUCAAGAUCUGUGACUUUGGUGUGUCGGGUGAAUUGAUCAACUCUAUCGCCAACACCUUUGUCGGCACCAGUACCUACAUGAGCCCCGAACGUAUCCAAGGGACAAACUAUACCAUCAAAUCAGACAUCUGGUCGCUCGCCAUUUCCAUCAUCGAGCUCGCCACGGGCCGAUUCCCCUUCUCAGACAAUCCAGAUGCGGAUGAUCUCUCACCGACUGCCUCUGACUUCGACCCUGACCCAACUCUCCCCCGCUCUGCUCAAAGACCUCAAGUCGACAAGAAGGAGCGUGUCAGUGUGGCUCCGGCAUACAACAUGUCAAUUCUCGACUUGCUGCAAUAUAUCGUCAACGAACCUGCCCCGAAACUUGCUAGUCGUCGGUUCAAGUUUCCGGAGGAGGCAGUGGAGUGGGUUGAUGAUUGUCUGAUCAAAGACCCCGAUUUCCGACCUGGGCCCAAAGAGCUGUUGGCAAUGGACUGGGUAGCCAAUUCAAAGGUGACCCAGGAUGAUCUCCGAAGUUGGGCUCAGUCUUUGAAGAAAGACUAG